AUGAGAGUUUUUGAAGGAUUACACCUUGUUUGGGACCAAGGUUUUGAACGUGUUGUUAUCCAAAGUGACAAUGAAGAGGCGAUAAAGCUUCUCUCGCCACCGUCCUCUAUAAGCCCCUAUCACAUUGUUCGUGCAAUUGCCUCCCUCGACAGAGCUUGGAUGCUCGAUUUCCAACUUAUCCGACGUGAAGCUAACAUAGUUGCUGAUUUUAUGGCUAAACUCAAAGUUCAUUCCAAGGGUUGCUUAGCUAUUUUCAUGGAUCCUCCUCCUGGCUUGCCUAGUUUGCUCCAGAGAGACGUGGAUGCAACCCCCCUCCACCAAAUGUUCUGGCUUUUGUCUCUCUUUUCCUAA